UCCCGGCCGCCUCGCCCCCCCUCCCUCCCCGCCCUCUCUCUCCCCUAAUCCGCUUUGAACGCACGAUUUCCCGGCCUUCUCCUCUUUCUCUUUCGGAGAGAACGCGAAAGAGAAGGAGAUCUCUUUUGCAGAUCUGCUUCCUCUUCCUCUGAGAGUUAGGGCUGCCGCUCCUUUCUGUUUUGCCUUCUCGGUGUCGUCGAUGGCGGAGGUCUUUGAUUUGGCUGCGGGACGUUUGUCUCGGAUGCGCAGCUGAAGAAGCAGCGGGCGGCCGAGUUGGAGGCCGAGAAGAGAGUGAGGGGCUUUUUUCUUUUUACCUUUUUUUUUAUCUUGAGUUCUGUGUUGUGGUGGGUAAGGGUGGAGGAGAUCGGCGGAGGAGAUGAGCGCGUCGAGGUUUAUAAAGUGCGUCACGGUGGGGGACGGUGCCGUCGGCAAGACUUGCAUGCUUAUCUCCUACACCAGCAACACUUUCCCCACGGAUUAUGUUCCUACCGUUUUUGACAAUUUCAGCGCAAAUGUAGUGGUGGAUGGUAACACAGUUAACUUAGGUUUGUGGGAUACUGCAGGCCAAGAGGAUUACAAUAGAUUAAGACCUUUGAGCUACCGUGGUGCAGAUGUUUUCUUGCUUGCUUUCUCUCUCAUUAGUAAAGCCAGCUAUGAAAAUGUUGCCAAGAAGUGGAUUCCUGAGCUAAGGCACUAUGCACCUGGUGUGCCCAUAAUUCUUGUUGGAACAAAGCUUGAUCUUCGGGAUGAGCAGCAGUUCUUUAUAGAUCACCCAGGUGCUGUUCCCAUAAGUACCGCUCAGGGGGAGGAGCUGCGGAAGCAAAUAGGUGCUGCUUCGUACAUAGAGUGCAGUUCAAAGACUCAGCAAAAUGUCAAGGCGGUAUUCGAUGCGGCCAUCAAGGUCGUGCUUCAGCCACCCAAGCAGAAGAAGAAAAAAAAGCAACAGAAAGGUUGCUCCAUAUUGUGAUAAUCUAGCAUGCAAAAGGUGGUAGCCAGCGAUUUAUUCGAGCGACUCGUUCAAAUUCAGGGAAUUUGGUACCAGCACACAACCAACAAAUGCAGCAUCAUUAUCAGUGCGUCAAAUGGUUUGUUUCUCCUUUUGACUUUGGUGAUCUGCAAUUGACCUGGCAAAGCAUGUUCCUUCUUCGGAUGACUAGUUCACAUUAAUGUUAGGGACUGUUGUUUGGAUUUAUUUUCAUUGCACUAAGAUGGUAUACUGAGUUUAUUGUAUUUCAAUUUGUUCACUUAAAUGGCUUUUUAAGUUUGCAAUAGUUGCUUGCUUUGA